GCAUCCUGUUUGCAUGUCGCACACUGAUGACGUCACGCUAGCAGUUAAAUACCAAACGCUAGCUGUUUUAGCUUCGUAAGUUUCACCCACAGACUUCACAACACACGUACGGAGAUGUCGUCUUUGUGUGGCACCAGCAACGGCUGCCAAGAUGCGGGUCAAGAGGCCACAGAGAAACAGGAGAAGGAGCACCCUCGCGUACUCAUCCCAGAGUUAUGCCGACUCUUCUACCAGCUUGGAUGGGUGACAGGGACGGGCGGAGGGAUCAGUCUGAAACGAGGAGAGCAGAUUUACAUUGCACCAUCAGGCGUCCAGAAAGAGAGAAUACAGCCAGAAGACAUGUUUGUGUGUGACGUGGAAGAGAAGGACAUCAGUUGUCCACCUGCCUGGAAGAAGUUAAAGAAGAGCCAGUGUACACCGCUGUUUAUGAAUGCCUAUACCAUGAGAGGGGCACAGGCAGUUAUACACACCCACUCCAAGGCUGCUGUCAUGGCAACGCUGCUGUAUCCUGGCAAAGAGUUCAGGAUAACACACCAGGAGAUGAUCAAGGGGAUUCGUAAGGGCACCUCAGGCACCAACUAUCGGUAUGAUGACAGCCUGGUUGUGCCCAUUAUUGAAAAUACACCAGAGGAGAAGGACUUGAAAGACCGGAUGGCCCGGGCAAUGGAGGAUUACCCAGAUUCAUGUGCCGUCCUCGUCCGCCGACACGGUGUCUAUGUCUGGGGCGAGACCUGGGAAAAAGCUAAGACUAUGUGUGAAUGCUACGACUACCUGUUCGACAUCGCCGUGCAGAUGAAGCAGAGUGGACUGGACCCCGCAGCCCUCCCAACAGAAGAAAAAGGAAUAGUUUGACAUUCGCCGGAGCUUUUUAAAAAGACAUUUGUAGCAGAAAGGUCGGUAGAGUUCAAUCAGGAGAGCAGAUUGUAAUCAUUUGCCUUUUCACGCCGGCCUGCUUCAAAUUUGAUGAAAUUUGAUGGUAAGGGCAGAUCCAGGGUUGGAGGAGAUUGAAUGCCUGUGAUCCGGAAGCACCUGCAGGUACGCUGCAAAGCACUGUGGGACAACUCUUGAAUGAGCAGCCGGCAAAUCAAGGUCCUCAGGUUCACAUGCUUUCCUAUUCAAGUUUGACUGCACUGGAAAUCAUGGUCUUGGUGCAGGUCAGGCAGGAACAUGCAGUGCAUCUCAGUUCAUCUACAACAGUGAUUAACUGCCUUUGCUUCAGUCAAUAAAAACUGAUGGAAUGUGAA